UGAACGCAGCAGGGCAGCGGAUGUAGCAGCAGUCUUUCCCAGCAGAAACCAACCAUGUAGCUGAGGAGAAGGUUUCUGCCGCUGACUCUGAAACAACAUGUCCUCUCAUCCUCCUGUGUCUCUGUGAGCUCGCCCACAGCCACCAUGUGUCUGUGAGGGGGAAACCGGGAGCCGAGCACCGGAGCUACACGGCGGGGGAGUCGACACACAGACCGAAGCCUUGAUACCUGCCCUCGCCUGGAGAUUUGGAAGGGGACGCUCGGGUGGGCUCCUCCACUUAUUAGCCGAAGCCUGACGUUUUAUCUCCCCGUGUGUGUUUUUUAAAAAUAAUGACUCCAUCUUGGAGCACGGAGCUGGGCAUGUAACGCUCGCGGACACCGGGCACAGGGGUGGGGGGGGACAGCAGCUCGUCGUUCGCACCAGCUCCGUGUGUUACCGCGUUACCGCCCCGUUUUUUACGCUCUUGAUAGCGGCGCUAGCGGCGCAGCCACCCCGGGGGCUUGAAGACAACACUGCCGGGCGAGGAGGAGCACAGCCGCCGCUGCCGCCGCCAUGGGGAACACCACCUCCUGCUGCGUGUCGUCCAGCCCCAAACACCGGAGGAACAACCACUCCAGGCUGGAGACGUACCGGCCGGAGCCCGAGCUGAGCCGCGAGGACACGGGCUGCAACCUCCAGCACAUCAGCGACCGGGAGAACAUCGAUGAUCUGCCCAUGGAGUAUAAUCCCUCAGAUCAUCCCCGGGCCAGUACCAUCUUCCUCAGCAAGUCACAAACUGAUGUUGCUGUGUCCAACAAAAGAGUCCGAGAAAAACGGAAGAGCCUUUACAUCAACCACUUCACACACAUUUCGGAAAGCAAGCAUCAUCAAGGCCCUGUGAGACGAAAGUACAGCUCGUGUUCCACCAUAUUCCUGGACGACAGCACCGUCAGUCAACCCAACCUCAAAUACACCAUCAAAUGUGUAUCCCUUGCAAUAUACUACCACAUAAAGAACAGAGAAGUCGACGCAAGAAUGGUGUUAGACAUUUUCGACGAGAGACUGCAUCCGCUCUCGAAGUCUGAGAUUCCUGCUGAUUAUGAAAAACACGACCCGGAGCAGAAGCAGAUCUACCGCUUCGUCAGGACGCUGUUCAGCGCCGCACAGCUCACCGCUGAGUGCGCCAUCGUCACAUUGGUGUACUUGGAGAGGCUCCUGACCUACGCUGAGAUCGACAUUUGUCCUUCCAACUGGAAGCGCAUCGUGUUGGGAGCCAUCCUCCUGGCGUCCAAGGUGUGGGACGAUCAGGCCGUGUGGAACGUAGACUACUGCCAAAUUCUCAAGGAUAUCACUGUGGAGGACAUGAAUGAGCUGGAGCGUCAGUUCCUGGAGCUGCUGCAGUUCAACAUCAACGUGCCGUCCAGCGUCUACGCCAAGUAUUACUUCGACCUCCGCUCGCUUGCUGAGGCCAACAACCUCAGUUUCCCCCUGGAGCCCCUCAGCAGGGAAAAGGCCGCGAAACUGGAGGCCAUCUCACGGUUAUGUGACGACAUAUACAAGGACUUAAGGAAACACGCCAAGAAGAGGUCAGUGAGCGCAGACAACCUCACGGUGGUGCGGUGGUGUCCGGCCAUCCUUUCCUAACACCGGCUGCCGGCAGCGUGCGUCGGAGGAGCACAUAGACCUGUCACACGUACUCUGAUCUCUGCCUGGUCAGCAGGCAAACCAGGUGGGCAGCAGUCCUGUGGACCAGUGUCUGGAAUACACACACACACACACACACACACACACACACACACACACACGCACACACACGCACACGCACACACAUACACACAAUCUGGCACUUUUACAAGUGUGAUUGCGCCCUCCCUGGGUCGUUGUACAUAAAACAAGUCCCACUGGCUGCCUGCACUGAACCAAACGGAGCUGAGCUGAACCAAACUGAAGUGUGUGUGUGACUGAGAGCUGUUGCAAUGAAGACCUGGACUGCAGAAAAGAAGAGGCGGCCAAAUGGAAACAUAGAGUGUGUGAAGCUGGUAGAAGAAAAAAUAGGAACAAGGUGUAAAGUGGAAUACAACUCAUGACAGCGGCAGCAGCGUUUCAUAAUUCCCUUAGAGGCUCAACUGUUUUAUACGGUUGAUUGACGGGGGCCAUGAACAUUCCUUUAUUUUUAAUAUUUCGGCUCAGUCUGUUUCUUGAUGGCACAUCUAAAACUUUAAAUUCUCAUUUCCUCACUCUUGCUGUUCUUUAUCUGUUUAUUCACAUUUCCGUCCAGAAAGCUCAAACACACACAAAGGAGGGACGUGUACAUUCCACUGUUAACUUUAGUGUACAGUUAAUAAAUUGCCGGACUGCGUAUCGUCAGCCCUCCUCGACGUGAUGUCUCAUUUACAUCGUAGCCAUUUAACCGAAGCUCUCAUGCAGAGGGUGGAUGCAAGUCAGUGUUUAGCUCAAGGGCGCUGUGGCAGGACCUAGGAAUUCAACAGUGUACCGAUCCAGUUGCAGAACGGUUUAUCUUGACCACCAUUCAGAUUCAGCUUAAAAGCAAUAUCCAUGCAGCACAUGUACUUGGGAGAAGACAGACUGGACGACGGGGGGUCCACUACUCUGAGACAUACUGUUGUACUUUCUUCACUGCCAUUGUCCCAACCUGUGGUGCCUGUAAUAAGCUAGUUUAACACUCCCCCUUUUCUAGUGGAGGAAAUAAAGAACAAAGAACUGAAGUAUUUUUAUUUCUUCAACAUUUUGUACGGUUCUUCCAGCUAACAAACAAACAAACAGCACAAACGGAAUAACGACAUUUAGAAGCCACUUAACGCAUGAUUCUGCAGGGUUGUUUUUCUUGAUGUUCUUCUGGGGAGGACCGAAAUGAAGGGAAAUGUAUCGAGUGACAAUUCUGACAAACUUACAAAAAGAUAGAUUGUAAAAAAUAAAUAAAAAAGAUCUAAAUUGUUUCUGUACAGUGUAAAUACAGCUCCAGUGUGCAAAUCUGUAGACUGAAGUCGUACUGUUAAAAAAAACAACACAAAACCCUUCCCCAAAUAAUGAUGUUAGGAUAUUUAUAUUGGAUCCGUUUUCAAUGUACAUGAUGGGGAGGGUAAAUAUGAUUAAAGUAAGUAUUAACAUUUAAAUGGGAGACACCACUGAAGAUUUUUCUGUCUUGUUUUCUUGUUCUGAUGUGUUCACACUGCAGGAAAUGCCAUUUUAUGUAUCACAUUCUUCAUACGGUAUAGAUAGAUGUACUGUAUUGAUCCCAAAUUGGGAAAUUAUUGAAGUAAAAGGCACAUUUUAAUAAUAUGAAUUCUUAGCCCCACUCUCUGUAAACAUUGCCAGAUUCAUAGAUUUCUGAUUAAAGUAAAUAAUACCUGUUUUGUAUGGAGUCCUGAAUCUGACUUAAUAUAUCAGGUUUCCAGAUCGAUGAAAUAUAAAGGGGUUAAAUUAAAAAAAAAAGGCUUUGGAAGAACCUUUUGAGUAAGAGUAAAUAUGUUUUACAUCUAUUUUACCAACUGAUUAGUGGUGAAGUAAAAAACAACUUUUACAGCAGUUGGUCAGUUUUGGGGCUCCACAGUUUUUUAUUGGAAAUAACAACUGAUAUUUUUGCUUUUUUUCUUGACAUUCUUCACCUCAGAAAUAGGAAAAUAUACAGGAAUAUAGUCGAGGCUAAUCCCAGUAAAUCUCGGGUAAAAUCUCAGAUUUAAUUGGUUCAUUUCAUUUGAGUUUUUUGAGGAUAUGAUUUGAUCAGUGGGUCAAGUAAUGUCUUUAAACUAUAAACUUUACAAUAGUGGUUGUUUGCCUUAUGGUCAUCUGGACUCACAUUAUUCUUGACUACAUCACUGUAUGCUUAAAAACAUCAGUACAUAACCUGGAGAUGUCAACAUUUUAUAAAAAAACUAAAAAAAUCAGGAAAAGGUCUAAUUCCGAACAGCGUAGGCUCCUUCAAGCCUCUGGGUUAUUUUGUGCAUUUCAUCAGCAACUUCCACGUCUGUGAUUUAAGUCACGUUUCGUUCAGCUUCUAGAAUCAGUCGGCCGGGUGUGUGAGAUCUCCACCACUGACCAGCUGCUGUGAGAAGGGACAGACCAGUGUGGACCGUCUUGUUCCAUGCUUUGCUCUGAACCACUUGCACAUAAAUAAAAGUACAUGAAAAAGGAGUCGGGACUCGGAGAGAGCAGCUGUCGUUUCGCACGGUGCUUUGAACGAGUGGGGAGUAAAAGUACAGAAUAUACGUCUUUAGGAAAAGUAACGUCGCUGGAGUUGCUGUUGUGAGUUCAAACUGUGAGAGGUGUUUGAAGAUUGUAUAUCCUAUUUAUUGUUUGUAAGUGUGCGUGCGUACAGCCCAGUGAAGCGUUGAUGCCAUGUGGUCAACUGCUCCGAGUCCUGAGAUGGAGAAUACCCCCCGACAGACCGUGGGUCCGUGGCGUCCUGUCUGAUGGUUACUAGGUGUGUGUGUGUCAUAGCCUUGUGCACUGAACUCUACCUCUGCAUAGGGUUUUACUUCUCUCUCGGUUUUCCUUCCUCGCUUCAGUGACAAGUUUUGGAUUUUUACAAAUUCGGCUUUGAUCCUGACGGUUUCCUGUGCUAACGUCAGUCAACUGCUGUAGCUGUGACCUGUUUUAUUUGUUUGUUUUUUCAUGGGUAUUUUCAACGAGUUGUACUGUAUUCUGUCGUUAUCGUCAGUGGAUUUCUUCCCUUUUAGUGAGUCGGUUAUUUGUUCCUGUUCUCAGUUUGCCAAACUCAGAUCUCUCUCUUUCUCUGUGUUCUUUCUUCUUUGUAUGUUUUUUUUUUUCUCUUAUGAUUUAAAGAACUGCUCCCGAUUCUUCUUAUCUUCUGAAGCAAUGUUUAGAGAAUCCUGCAAGAAUUAAACUUUACAUUCUUUAAAUAAAA